UCACGUGAUAGUCAUAAGCUUACUAGCCAUCUUGAGCAACAACGAACCGGGCCUCGCGGCGGCCGGCAGUUGUAUCAUAUUCGAUGCUCUCCAAGUGGAAUGGGUCGAAGACGUCAAAUGGCGGACCUAGCUUACCUCUUCGUUACACCGCGGGUGAAAUUAUGAUUGAGGAUGACCCGUAUGCCUAUGUGAUUGAUUCGGAAUUAUUCGGACUAGUUUGCAGCUACUGUAUUAAAAAAAGUUUCGGCCUUCGUUGUUCCUGGUGUAACUGGAUAACCUAUUGUAAUAAGGAUUGCAAGAGAAAGGACAAAGUCUACCACGAUUUGGAAUGUAAGGUCCUUCAGAGUUGCGGGAAGGAUGACGAUCUGCCGGAUCAGGAAACGCGCCUUGUGAUCCGGGUCAUCGAUCGUUGUCUCCGCGAGCGUCGUACUGGCUGCGAAUCAGUCGGCGAUUAUUUCGGUUGUCGACGCACGAUCAAGGAUCUUAUCGGACACAUCGAUCAUUUGACAGCUGAAGAACGUAAAUAUGCCGAAAGCCGGGCACAAAUGAUAUUUGAUUUAAUCAAAAGCCACAUCGUCACUACAGUCGAGGAGACACUCGACCUUCUCCAGCGAUGUCGCAUCAACUGCCAUUCCCUAGUCGACCAUAACUCACCGCAAUACUUCUCUCGAGGGCGAGCUGUGUAUCUCGGCGUUUCGAAGAUGAAUCACUCGUGUGGUCCUACUGACUAUGUGCAAAUUUUCGACGGACGAAAGUAUACCCUACGGGCACUCCGUGACAUACAAGUUCAUGAUCCGUUAACGCUGACCGUACACUACAUCCCACCGACGCUGCCGUUAGCGACCCGUCAAAAUCGUUUACUUAACAAUUACUAUUUUAUAUGCAACUGUACGAAGUGCGUAUGGCAGUCUCGUCAUCCUGAAACCAGUGCAGUUGACGAAGAGCUCGUCGCAAAGAUUGAGCAUACGUUUGAAGUGUCCCACGGCUAUGAAGAUUGGUUAACUAUUGGAAAAGAGUUUCUCAAUGAACUUGCAAAUCAACCAGAUAGUAACUUCUAUGUCUACUGGUUGCUCAUUCAAAUGCAGUGGACUUGUGCUGAACUUGGCCGUUACAACGAGAGCGUUGAAUACGGCACGCGGGCAUUAGAAGGAGCUGAAUCGAUACUAUCAUUAGAACCAAUUCUAUUUAGCAUUUGUGAAUCGAUGGUAAAAUUAGGUUGGAAUAAACGACACAAUGAAAACUAUCCCCGAUUUGCGAGCACUAUCAAAAUGGCAAAGGAUUUAUAUCUCGUUACCCAUGGAUCUGACCACAAAAUCGUACGUUCGCUCGACGUCAUGAAGAAAGGUGGCUCAUGGUGGAGGAAGAUUUUUAAGAAUAAGGACACGAGUAAACUCUUAAGUGAAUCAGUAGUAAAGGAUGACACUGGUAAAACUACAGUAGCGUCGGCCUGAUGCAGAUAUGAGAGAGAGAGUGAGAGAGGGGAGAGAGAGAGGGGG